AAAAGAAAGAACAAAACCCUUCUGCAUUCUCCUCUCUUUCUGGAAAUUACGAGUGGAAAUUACGAGAGAAAAGGAAGAAAGGGGAAGAUAACGCCGGCGACGAUGACUGCAGCAGUCGACGCUGGCGAUGAUUAUGGUGACGAGGAAGGUCAGAGGAAGAAAAGGAGGGUGUGGUCGUCGCUACAUCGACGAUGCCAGUUGCGACGCCGGCGGCAGAAAGGAGCAAAGCUCCGGCGAGAGGCUUCAGGUUGACGAGGGAAGGAGUGGCUAGGGAGAAGAAGAGUCACCGCCGGCAAGCUCUGGUGACAGUGCCAGCGGUUGACUCGUCAGAUGAGAAUCAAAUUUUAGUCUUGGUUU